GGGUAAGGUAGCUAAACCUUGAAACUUUAGACCUGCUGGGGUUUUAGUCUUUGUGAAUUUGGGCAAUGGGGUCACAGUGGCAGGCCCACUUUUUCCAGAUACUUCUGUGUGCUUUCAGUGUUUCUCUGUCUUUUCAGCUUGCUGUCAAUAGAGACUUCAGGAGUGAAAUGCAAUACCAGCAUGCUCAACAUGAGAUUGAUCAAAAGCGACUGAAGCCUGCAGCACAUGUAUUCCCAGCAGCAAAGAAAAUUAGUCUUGAGAAGUACUCCAUGUUUGAUGUGUGGAAUGGACAGCUUGGACAGUCACAACGAGCAACAAAAAUGCCACAGACUCCUCAGAUGGAUGAUCCUUUUGUUUACAGCCCAGGAGUGAAAGGCUCGCAGAGACCACUGAAGGCUAGGUGGGAAUAUUGGCCUGCUCCGGCAUUUCAAGGACCACAACAUUCCACAGCUACACAAAGACCACAAACGUAUGUAGCAAGUUCUUCAAGGAGACAAACAAGUAAUCUGAAUGACCCUCUUGUUCAUAGCCUAAGGGUGCAAGCAACCCAGAGACCACUGACAGUCUUUUCUGAAGUGUUGAGAAACCAUCUUUGGGGGUCAUCUCCACAACAUACUGCAGCCACAACUACACAAAGACCACAACAUGGUGAGGCAAACCCUCACAGGAGACGACCACAUCAAACAAAGUAUGUCCAUGUUCAUAGCCCAGGAGUUCAAGUACCCCAGAGACCAUUGACUGAUUUUUCUAAACUUUUGGGAAUCCAGCUUGAUGGGUCAUCUCCACAACAUCCUACAGCCACAACCACACAUAGACCACAUUUGUAUGAGCUACACCCUUACAGGAGACAACGAGAUGUUCUGAAUGAUCCUCUCAUUCAGAGUCCUGGAGUGCUGUUGCCACAGAAGCUGCUGAAGAUGGAUUUUCCAAAACCUGCUGUGUUUAGUGAGUGGGGAAACCUGCCCGGUCAGUUUGACGGUCCACAACACCUGCCAAAACCACAACCUUCUGAGAUCACGACUCCCAGUUGGCACUCCAGUCAAACUUGGCAACAUCCUCCAGCACAGAGUUCUCAAGAAGAACAGCUAAAUGCCACAAAAACUCUUCCGAAGGACCAGAAGACCGAGCUCAGGCAACCGGUGACGUCACAGCCCAUUCACGUUGUCUGUGGAGAGAAGUCGCUCCAGCUGACUGUAAAGAUGGACUUCCUGGGCACUGGAGACCUUAUUAAUCCAGCCGAUAUCACUCUGGGUGGCUGUGGUCCAACUGUCCUGGAUGAGUCCAAGCAAGAGCUAUUGUUCGAAACUACAUUACAUGAGUGUGGGGGCACAGCUCAGUUGUUUGAGGAUGUCAUGGUGUAUACCUUCUCAUUGAUUUACAAUGCUCGCCCAAUUGGAGAGCGCCCUAUUUUGAAGACCGAUGACGCUACUAUCAAUAUAACGUGUCACUAUGCUAGGUUCCACAAUGUGAGUAGCAAUUCUUUAAGGCCCAUGUGGACCCCUUACCAAUCCCCCCAGCUAUCUGAUCAGGUUGUGGACUUCUCUCUCGGACUCAUGACUGAUGAUUGGCGGUAUGAGAGGCCAUCCACAAAGUACUUCCUUGGGGACAUGAUUAACAUUGAGGCCUUGGUCUAUGCGGACAAUCAUGUGCCUUUGCGUGUUUUUGUUGAAGGCUGUGUGGCAGCAAUUAAUCCAGAUAGCCACUCUGGCACAAGCUAUGUACUCAUUGAAAAGCAUGGGUGUCUGUCUGACUCCAAACUGAUGGCAUCCCGCUCCCAGUUCAUGCCCAGGAUACAAGAUGAGAAACUGCAGAUGCAAAUUGAGGCUUUCAGGUUUGCAGAUGAAAGCCAUGACUCGGUAAGGAACCGGUUACAAAUUCUGCAUUUGCUAAGAAUGCAGAGUUGGCAAAUUGAUGUACAUCUUAAUGACGCUAAAGUGACAUUCAAUCUAAUCAAAGCAGAGACGUUUUAG